UAGCUCUCACAAUUCCAUCCUCAAGUAGAACUUGCAGCUCUUGAAUCACUUUACUUCGAGAGACAAAAAACAAGCUAGAGAUUUUCACAAUUCUUUGUUCAAAAAAAAAAAAAAUCAUGGUUAACCUUAGUCACUUAGCUCCUAUUUUUGGUACCCUUGGCAGCAUCGUCUCGUUCAUUGUGUUCCUUUCUCCAUUGCCAACAUUUUAUAAUAUUUAUAAGAAGAAAUCAAGUGAAGGCUAUCAAUCAAUUCCAUACGUGGUUGCUCUAUUCAGUGCAUUGCUUACCUUAUACUAUGCACUUCUCAAAGGAAACAUGAUACCCGUUAUCAUUAUAAACGCCUUUGGUAUCUUUAUUGAGACAAUUUAUGUGGGUUUCUACUUUUUCUAUGCAUCAAAGAAAGCCAAGAUUCAAACUAUGAAGUUUGUUCUUUUAUUUGUGGGUGGUGGCUUUGGAGCAAUUGUUCUAGUUGUUCAAUUUCUGUUCCAUGGAGCUAUACGUGCCCAAAUUGUUGGAUGGAUAUGCAUUGUAUUUUCAGUAGGUACAUUUGCAGCACCAUUAUGCAUACUGAGAAAAGUUAUCAAAACGAAGAGUGUGGAAUACAUGCCAUUUCUCCUAUCAGCUUUCCUUACACUAAGUGCUGUCAUGUGGUUCAUUUAUGGUCUUCUUCUAAAAGACAUUGUCAUUUAUUCACCAAACAUCUUAGGAUUUGCCUUCGGUGUUGUCCAAAUGGUGCUUUAUAUGAUGUACAAAAACCACAAAGACAACAUGAAUGUUACAAAGGAGCAGAAACUUCCAGAGCUACUACAAAAUCAUGUGAUAAUUUUAGAUGAUGAGAAAAAGCUUCCUCAUUUAACUGAAGAGCAGAUUAUUGAUAUUUGGAAGCUUGGUACAUUGGUUUACUCUGAGAAACUUGCAGCUGAAGUUGAGAAGAAUAAGCCAAAGUUGCAAACUGUGGAAACCUAAUUAAGAACUAAACUAAAUAUUUUUAAUCUAAGUUUGGAAUUGGCAUUUUCCUUUCAUUUGCUUUUUCCUAAUUAAUCCUAAAGUGUUGUGUAAGUGUUUUGUGUACACGAGUGAAUUCUCAGCUCAUGUAAUAAAAUUUCUCUUGUUAUAUGCAUGUACCUAGAACAAGAAAAUGCUUGUAUGUAUUUUCUUUAUUACAAAUAAAAUUACAUUUUUGUUUGGAUAA